GGUCGCGUGCGACUGGUGUUCUUCCUUUUUUCAUUUUUUUUUUGAAAAAAUUCGAAUUGAUUAAAUUACUUACUGAAUCGUAUUCAUGCUGAUUUUGAUUCGCCAUUGUGAUUCGAUUUGAAAUUUUAGCUUGUUUUAGUUUAGAGUGUGUUUUCAGACAAUUUUUAAAGAUAUUAAAGUAUUUGAGUUAAAAAAUUCACACAACAGUAAUCUUAAAAAUUCAUUAUAUAAAAAUUAGUAAAAUAGUAGUGAUAAAAUAAAAAUUGUGGCGAUGUUUAAUAAUGGCACCUAACAAAAGCCUAGUGGCCCGGCAUCCAAUAAAAAGAAUUUUGCCAAUUUGUGUUGCCUUCCUACUUCCGAAUCAUAUAAAACCAACUACAAUACCUUAUUUCACCCAAUUCUUUCUCCAAUAUUCAGUACGUAAUUCUUACUCUUCAGUUUUCUGGAUUCCCCUCUGCGCCAAUAUGAGUUUCGAGCAGCAAGUCAAGGAAAGAGCACAAGAGUUGAAGAAUUUCUUCAAGAAAGGUGCCAAUAUUGUUGGUUCAUACAGUAUGAAAGGAUGGGAUAAGAUAAAAUUGAAUCUGCAUAUGAUAUUCUCUGCCGCAAUAGCGAUUGUUACGGGGUGGGUUUCGCCAUUUCGGGUUUGGAUGGUUAACUUUGAAACUGGUUGGAGCCUUUGAGCAGGAGGGAUCUGAUUUCUGAGAAGCUUUGAUAUGCCUGAUUGGGAUGAGUAUCUCCGUAUCUACUUUAAUAAGCAUAGCAUGGGAAGAAGACGGAUAACCUUUAACCUAAACAUUAGAUAUUAUUCAAGGAUGGUGAGCCCAUGCUAAUACCAUCAACUAGACUUAUUCAAUGGGCUAGACAAGAAUUGGGAUGGGCUCAAGGAUGAUGUUUGUUACAAACUAGUAAGUUACCAUUGUUGAAGAUGAUGAACAUUAGCAAACGUCGACUCGGCGUUGGUGUGGCCAAGGAUGAAGACGACUCGGCUUUGAAUGAAGCAAAUGAUAGAUUCUUCCACAAACUUUAGCCAAGUCGGCUUUCGUAGAAGAGGUCGCGUUUUGUCCUAUGUAUAACGCUGACUCGGCGUUUUGGUGAAGAAUGAGGCAGCCGACUCGGCUGCGGUUUCUUUUUACGAGAGCAUUUCUUUCAUGCUAUUUUGGGCCGGUUACUUUGUUUUUAUUAUGUAAUAACUUCCUUUUAUUGGGCAUUAGCAUAUAAACUCCCAUUUUUAGGGUAAGGGCAAAUUGAGAGAGAGAUUACAAGAGAGCCAUUACUAUUUGUGAGUAUGAUUCAUCUUGUAAAUUCUUUGCGAUCAUAGUGAAAUUAUUUGAUCUCGA